CCGGCGCGCCGCGCGCAGGGGAUGCGAGCGGCAGGGAGCCGCCGCGCCGCCGCGCCCGGAGAACGCGAGCGCUGGUGACCUCAGCCGGAGGAGAGCCAGGAGACGGAGGCCGCGAGCCCCGCGGGGAUCCUCGGGGCCGGGGUGCGGGGGACGGCGGCGGCGCGGGAGUGCGGGGCGCACACCGGGCGGGGCUGGCGGACAGUGAUGAGCGGGCGCGCGGGGAGGCUGCACGCCGCCGCCGCCCGGAGCAUCCGCCGCCUGAGCUGCUGCUCGCGGCCCGGGCCCCGGCCAUGGAGACGCUGAAUGGCCCCGCGGCCGGCGGCGCCCCGGAUGCGAAGCCACAGCCGCCCGGCCAGCACCACCGCCACCACCACCUCCACCCGCUGGCCGAGCGGAGGCGGCUGCACCGCGCGCCCUCGCCCGCCAGGCCAUUUCUCAAGGACUUGCACGGCCGGCCCGCGGCCCCCGGCCCGGCCCCGGCCGCCCCUUCCUCGGGCCGAGCCCCGGCGCCCGCCGCUCCGCGCUCGCCCAGCCUCGCGGGCAAGGCGCCGCCCUCGCCGGGGCCCCCGGCCGCGCCCGGCCGCCUCUCCCGGCGCAGCGGCGGCGCCCCCGGCGCGAAGGACAAGCCGCCGCCGGGCGCCGGGGCCAGAGCAGCGGGCGGCGCCAAGGCCGCUCCGGGCCCCAGGAGGGCGGCGCGCGCGGCGCCCGCCGAGCCGCUGCCCCGGGUCGGGAAGCCGCCGCCCGGGGCCGAGCCGCCGCCCGCCGCUGCCAAGGGCCGCAAAGCCAAACGCGGCUCCGGGGUGGUCCCCGCCCGCGCCUCCGGGCCCCGGGUACCCAUCGUCCCCGUCCCCGCCGUGAUCCUCGCCGUGACCUCCGCGACCGGCUCCCCGGCCCCCGGCUCGCGCAUCAGCCACACCGACAGCAGCUCCGACCUCUCCGACUGUCCCUCGGACCCCCUGUCUGACGAGCAGCGCCUGAUCCCCGCCGCCAGCAGCGACGCCGAGUCCGGCACGGGCUCCAGCGACCGGGAACCCCUGCGGGGAGCCCCCACGACAAGCCCCGCGGCUCGGGGGGUGCCGCCGGGCAGCCCGGAGCCCCCAGUGCUCCUCGCCGCGCCCCCCGCCGCCUGCCUUGGGGGUCGGAGCAGCCCGAGCGGGGUCCCCGCGGGGUCCCCGGGGCCCGGCGUGGCGGAGGAUGCAGGGGGGUGCGUUCCUCCGGAGCGAACGGUCCCCGGGAACCCCAAGGAGCACGGCCCGGGCGAGCAGCCCCGGCUGGUACCGGCGGCGGAGGAGGAGGAGCUGCUGCGGGAGAUGGAGGAGCUGCGCUCGGAGAACGACUAUCUCAAGGAUGAGUUGGAUGAACUCCGUGCUGAAAUGGAAGAGAUGAGAGACAGUUACUUAGAGGAAGAUGUUUACCAGCUGCAGGAGCUUCGGCGGGAACUGGACCGCGCCAAUAAAAACUGCCGAAUCCUGCAGUACCGCCUCAGGAAGGCUGAGCAGAAGAGCCUGAAGGUGGCAGAGACCGGGCAGGUGGAUGGCGAGCUCAUCCGAAGUCUGGAGCAGGACUUAAAGGUGGCCAAAGAUGUGUCGGUCAGGUUGCACCAUGAACUUGAAACUGUGGAGGAAAAGAGAGCUAAAGCUGAAGAUGAGAAUGAAACUCUCCGACAGCAGAUGAUUGAAGUGGAAAUAUCCAAACAGGCCCUCCAAAACGAGCUGGAGAGACUGAAGGAGAGUUCCCUGAAGAGAAGAGGCAGCCGGGAAAUGUACAAAGAGAAGAAAGCCUUCACUCAGAGCGGUGGAACGGAGCGCCUUGGGAACUGCAGGUCCGCAGCCAGAACUCAGAGGAAACUGGCGCCCCGGCGCAAGGAUGACAGUGCCGACCUGAGGUGCCAGCUCCAGUUUGCCAAAGAGGAGGGCUCGCUGAUGCUCAGGAAGAUGGCCAGGCUGGGGCGGGAGAAGGACGGGCUGGAGCAGGAGCUGCAGAGGUACAAAGCCCUCUACGGGGACGUGGACAGCCCCCUCCCCACAGGGGAGGCCGGCGGGCCGCCCAGCACUCGGGAGGCCGAGCUGAAGCUGCGGCUAAAGCUGGUAGAGGAGGAAGCCAGCAUCUUGGGCCGGAAGAUCGUGGAGCUGGAGGUGGAGAACCGGGGCCUCAAGGCGGAGAUGGAGGACCUGCGGGGCCAGCACGAGCGAGACACCGCGGGCCGGGAGCCCCUGCCCGGCGUUCCGACCUCGCCCUUUGGGGACUCCCUGGAGUCCUCCGCAGAGCUGCGCCGGCACCUGCAGUUCGUGGAGGAGGAGGCGGAGCUGCUGCGGAGGUCCAUCUCCGAGAUCGAGGACCACAACCGACAGCUGACCCACGAGCUGAGCAAGUUCAAGUUCGAGCCGCGGCCGGAGCCCGCGUGGCUGGCGGGGGGCGCGGGCGGCGGGGCGCCCCUGCAGGACGAGCUCCAAGCGGCGCGGCUGCAGAUCAGCGAGCUGAGCGGGAAGGUGCUGACGCUGCAGCAUGAGAACCAAGCACUGCUGUUGGGCGCCCCACGCUGUGACCCGGCCGCACCCACGGGCCCGCGCGCCCCAAGCCCCCGCGACAGCGACGCUGACAGCGACGCGGGCAAGAAAGAGAGUGACGGGGAGGACGGCCGCGCGCUGCAGCCCCGGCGGGAGGGCCCCAUCGGCGGCGAGAGCGACUCGGAGGAGACCUUCGAGAAGACGUCGGGCUUCGGCAGCGGGAGGCCGUCGGAGGCUGGUGAGUGCCCGGCGGAGCUGCUCCACGCUCGGGAGGACUCGGAGCGCCUGGCGAGCAUCAGGCACGAGGCCGAGCGGCUGGAGCGGACCGUGGAGCGCAUCAUCAACGACACCGACGGCUUCACGGACGCAGCGCUGCAGGGCGGUGGGGCCUCGUCGGGAGCCGGCGCCAAGGAGGAGCCCCAGCUGCUGGGGACCCUCAAUGCGAGGAUGAAGGCCUUCAGGAAGGAGCUCCAGGCCUUCCUGGAGCAGGUGGAGCGGCUGGGGGAGGGCCUGUCCCCUCUGCCCCACCUCACCGAGUCUUCCAGCUUCCUGUCCUCUGUGACCUCCGUGUCCCGGGACUCCCCCGUCGGGAACCUGGGGAAGGAGCUGGGCCCGGACCUGCAGUCCAAACUGAGAGAUCAGCUGGAGUGGCAGCCCGGGCAGGAGCGAGGGGAGGAGCGGGGGCCCCUGCAUCUCCGAGCCACACGGGAGCUGCACCGUCGAGCCGACGGGGACGCGGGGAGCUGCCGGCCCGGAGCCCAGAGCUGCUUCAACCUGGAGAUGGAGGAGGAGCACCUGUGUGCCUUGCGGCGGCGGGAGCUGGAGGUGCACAGCCUGGCCCUGCAGAACUCGCUGCACGAGCAGACCUGGAGUGACGAGAGGCUCUUGAUGCAGCAGGAGCUGUGCUCCCUGAAGCAGAACAUCUUCCUUUUCUACGUCAAACUCAGGUGGCUGCUGAAACACUGGCGGCAAGGGAAGCAGACGGAGGAGGACGCGGAGGAUUUCACGGAGAGUGAGCUUCCAGAGACCUUCCACAGGCUUGGGGAGCCUGGCGUUCAGGAGGAUGCAAAGGUGGACGGUCCAGACCAAGAUGACGACGGUCCAGGCUGUGGCUUUUCCCUGGGGGAGCAUCCUCCACAGUUUGGUGUGCAGAUCGGUGACCAUGGACCACGGCUGCAGCCCACAGACGGGGGACAGCUCCACAGGCAGGUGGCAGAGAACCAGCCGCUGUUCUGCGCGCUCAAGGCGCUGCUGGAGGAGCUGCGUGUGGAGCUGUGGGAGGACGAACGUGCACGGCGGCGGCUGCAGCAACAAUAUGCCGGUGACAAGGCCUCCUGGGAUGUGGAGUGGGCCGCGCUCACGUGCCGCCUGGAGCAGCUGGAAGCGAAGACUGAGAAAAGCUUGGGAGACCCAGGCUCCUCUGCUGACAGCAAAGGGGUGUUCAGGAAGGAGAGGGAGGCACAGCAGAAGCUCCUGGCCGACAGUCAUGGGCUAGUCAUGGACCUGCGAUGGCAGAUCCACCACAGCGAGAAGAACUGGAACCGGGAGAAGGUAGAGCUUCUCGACCGCCUGGACCGGGAGCGGCAGGAGUGGGGGCGGCAGGAGAAGGAGCUCCUGUGGAGAAUUGAACAGUUGCAGAAAGAAAACAGUCCCCGGAGAGGUGGCAGUUUCCUCUGUGAUCAAAAGGAAGACGAUGUCCGCCCCUGUGCCCACACGGGGAGCCCCUGGGCCCCCCACCCCACGGGGAUGUGGCCCUGCAUGGACACCGACUCCAGCACGUUCGAGGACCAGCCGCUGUCCAAGCUGAAGGAAUCGGACAGGUGCUCGGCCCGGGAGAACCUCUACUUGGACGCCCUGUCCUUGGACGACGAGCCAGAGGAGCCUCCAGACCGCAAGCCCGAGAGGGAGUUCAGGAACUGCUUCCCCGAGGAAGAAGAAAAUCACAAGGGAAAUCUUCAAAGGGCCGUGUCCGUGUCAUCCAUGUCUGAGUUCCAGCGCCUGAUGGAUGGCUCUCCCUUCCUGCCAGAGAAGGGCCUGCCCGCCACCAGCAGCAAGGAGGACGUCACCCCGCCCCUGUCCCCAGAUGACCUCAAGUACAUCGAGGAGUUCAACAGCAAGAGCUGGGACGACAGGCCCCCAGACCCCUGGGCAGACAGGACCGAGGCGGGUCGGGCGAGCUCCGAGGCCAGCACCGACCCUUUCUCCGACUCCUCCUGGUACCUCACCACAAGCAUCACCCUGACCACGGACACCGUGACCAGCCCGGAGCACUGCCAGAAGCAGCUCCCGCGGAGCCUUGUCUGCGCCGAGCAGGCCGGGGUGAGGAUGCUGCACAGCCCGCCCGCCAUCCGGAGGCUGGAUGGCACCCUGGUGGCAGGCGGUGAGGGCAGGGCCCGAGGGGGCCCGGGGGGCGCCAAGGGGGGCUCUUCUGAACACAUUCUUAGCAGGUGGCCCUGUGCCCCCUCCAAGCACCCCCGAGACUACACGGAGGGUGGGCUCUGGCCCCUCGACAGCACCCUCGGUUUCUCCUCCCCGCUGCACAGCCUGGAGAUGUCCAAGAACCUGAGUGAUGACAUGAAGGAGGUGGCCUUCUCCGUCAGCGCCGUCUGCUCCAGCCCCGGGGAGCCUCUGGUCAAGGACACGGCCUGCCAGACCAAUGGGUCCCGGACGACAGGGACGCAGACCAUCCAGACCAUCAGCAUCGGCCUGCAGACCGAAGCCCUGCGGGGCAGCACCGUCACCAGCAGCCCCCACAAGUGUCUCACGCCCAAGGCGGGGGGUGGCACCACGCCCGUGUCCUCUCCCUCCCGCGGCCUCAGGAACAGGCAGGUGGCCCCCGCCAUCGAGAAGGUGCAGGCCAAGUUUGAACGCACAUGCUGCUCCCCGAAGUACGGGUCUCCCAAGCUGCAGAGGAAGCCCCUCCCCAGAGUGGACCAGCCAAGCAGCAGGACCUCCCCGGGGCUGGCCCCGAAGGGCUGCGGCGAGUCAGCCUGGGCCCGUUCUACCACCACUCGGGAGAGCCCUGUGCACACCGCCAUCAACGACGGCCUCUCCAGCCUCUUCAGCAUCAUCGACCACAGCCCUAUGGUGCAGGACCCCUUCCAGAAGGGGGUGCGGGCCGCCAGUCGGUCUCGUUCGGCAGAGCCCCUGCCGGAGCUGGGCCCAGGCCAGGACACAAGCCCCAGCUCCCGAGGCCGGUCGCCCAGCCCGGUCGGGGGUGGCUCCGAGACGUGCAGGGAGGAAGGGGGAGAGGGCACACCCGCGAGGCAGGACCUGUCCGCUCCCCCCGGCUACACGCUCACAGAGAACGUCGCCCGGAUCCUCCACCGGAAGCUGUUGGAACACGCCUUAAAGGAGGAGCGGAGGCAGGCCGCCCACGGCACCCCCAGUCUCAGCAGCAGCGGCCCCGUGGGAGAAAUGACGGUCAGAGCCGAGCCAGGGUCCAUCGAGGAACUCCCUUGUUCUGCACUAGCUCCAUCCUUAGAACCCUGCUUCUCCAGGCCCGAGAGACCAGCAAACCGUCGCCCUCCGUCCCGUUGGGCCCCACAUUCCCCCACUGCCUCACCGGCUCCGUCACCCGGAGACCCGACCUCCUUGGAGGAGGAGGCUGCCCGGGGAGAAGCCACACCUGUGAUGCAGGCUCGCAUGGAUUAUCUGGAAUAAUUCACUGUAAUUGCAUAACCACACCGUCAUCAUCAACCGAACUCUGCCCCAAAAGGAGAGAUCUGGUUUUCCCAAGGUCAAAGAAUGUUUUUUUUAAAAAAAAUAACACAGCUGCUGAAUGUUCAACCUGUGAAUCUGAGAUGUUUCUAGAAUGAAACAGUAAACGUGCCUGUAAGAACUUAAUUUUUUUCAUAGCUCAGAAAACUAUUUUUGGUCUCCAUCUUUUUUAUAUUAAACAAAAAAAAGGUAAAUAAGAUAUAAAUUUAAAAACAAAAAGUUUUUAAGAGAUUCUGAACACCCUCGCGCGCGAUACUGACUGCCUCACUGUUAAAUUUGCACUGUUAACAUUUGGUUUGGUUUAUUUCCACGUUGAAUUAGAGUGUUUUAAGUUAAUUUUAUUUUGUCAGUGUUCUUGUUUUUUAAGAAUUUUUGAAAUGCUUCAGACUGUAUGAUUCAGUGAACUUUUUGUAAUGAAAAAACCAUGAAGCCAGCCAGUAGACAAGGCAGAUCUCCUAUAUCCUUGAGGGGAUAGAUGGCAGCAUUCUGGAAAGGUAGAGAGGCCUCAGCCGGGUUGUCCAGACCUGCUGUAUAAUCCACAUAUUCUUCUCGACCUGCACGUCUCUGGGUUCGAAGCACUGGGGUGCAUGUACAUACCGCUGCUGUGGUCUCGCCCCGCCUAUGUGUGAGCCCUCUGUCCCACUGUGAUACAGUGUGAACCCCCUCGUACUGUACUGUCGUUGUCUUCUUGCAUUGAUGAUACAACAGCGAUGGCAUUUUAAAAUUAUUGUUAAACAGGCAAUACAGUGUUUACUCCAAAUUUCCUUGUUUAAGGAAAAACACUACAAAAAGUCCUGAGGAUACCAAAUGGAAAGAGAGAGGGUGGUGCCUCGGAGUCUGUAUGAGACGAUGAUGGAGAAGAAAUAAAGCCUUUACAAGACGG